AUGUUGAUACCACGAGCCUCCGUCCCCGACAUUGAAGUGGAAGACCUGUCGGCCUAUACGGAGGAGGUCGAGCAGAAUGCUGACGGAAAGUCAGUCCUGACUCGGCGCGCGCUCAUAGCCCAGCAACAGGAAUUUAGAGAAUGGAUCAAACAAUAUCCUCCUAUGCAACAACUUCCUGCCAAACUCGAUGCAGAAAUCACGCACACGGGCGCUCUCCUUUCCUUCGGUCUCGGUAUCACUUACGAGCAUCUCCUUGCUUACGCGGCAAAGCGCAACAUCCGGGCUUCGUGGGCGCCCGAUGAAGCCAUCACCAGCCCCGCAGUCGCGUGGGUUCGAAUUGCCAGGCUGUUCAUGGAGAGGAUGCCUGGUUUCCUGGUGUACUACCGUCGGCCGUUCUCGGUACACUACGAGGGGCUCCUCGCGCUCUACUCGAACCACUCGAUGCGGGAACUGCAGCGCCGCGGGGAGGCACACGAGAAGAUGGUUAUCGAGUUCCUACAGAAAGAGAUGGAGCUCGACUCGACGCCGAUGUGGUACUGGGACAUGGAUUAUACUUCGUACUACUGA